AUGAAGAUACCAAUUGAAAAAUGUAUUGGUCAAGGAUACGACGGAGCAAAUGUAAUGAGUGGUAUAUACAAUGGUCUGCAACAAAAAAUAAAGAACAUUCAACAAAAUGCAGAGUACGUUCAUUGUGCAAGCCAUAAUUUAAAUCUUGUCAUAAAAGAUGCAAUAGAGAAAAAUAAAGAUGUGUCCGCAUUUUUCGUUACACUCCAAGAAAUAUAUUCAUUUUUUGGAAAUUCUAUUAAUAGAUGGGAUUUGCUUUCAAAGUUCACAGGCGAAUCAAAUGUAACUUUAAAAAAAUUAAAUCCUACUCGAUGGUCUGGAAGAUUGACUUCUCUACUAGCUGUGAAACUACGUUAUUUAGAUAUUAUAAAAUCUUUAACACACUUGAUGUUGACAGAGAAAAAAGAAAUUCGUGAUGAAGCUCAAAACAUAAAAGAUAGAAUGGAAAAAUUUGAGUUUAUUUUUAUGUGCGUCUUUUUGCAUAAAAUUCUAGCAGAAAUUAAUUUAGCUUCAAAAGUUCUACAAAAGAAAAAUGUAGAUUUAGAUGAAGCCAAAACUGUUUUGAACCAAGCUUAUAAUAAAGUUUCAGAAAGUAGAUCAAAAUUUACUGAAAUAAAAGGUGAGGCUGCAGAAAUUGCAAGAACUUGGAAUGUUCCCCUUGAGUUUCAAAAGAAACGACAGCCUAAAGUGAAACACCAUUUUGAUGAAUUGGCGAAAAAUUAUCACUUUUCUUCAAGAGAAGAUAUGUUUAGAGUUGGAAUAUUUAAUGUUGUCAUAGAUACUAUUUCACAUCAACUACAUGAAAGAUUUAAAAGCAUGGAAAAAUUAAGAAAUUAUUUUGGAUUUCUGGAUCCACAAAGAUUAUCAACGUUAAAAGACAAAGAUAUUUUAAAAGAAUGUGAAAAAUUACAAAAGAAGUAUUCAACUUUUUUAAGUGAACAAUUUUCAUUGCAAUUUAUACAAGUUAAAAGAAUUGCAAAGUGUAAAAGAUUUUGCUAA